AUGACAGUUCUCUUUCUUUUGUUAAUAUUCGUUCUUUCGCCGUCCUCGGCCAAUGACCUUCCCCUCGACUCGGACGGUGGCCGCCGGAGCAACGAAGAGAUUGGCUUCCUCUUCAAAACGUGGAUGUCAAAGCAUGGGAAGAUUUAUACCAAUGCUCUCGGAGAGAAGGAACAGCGAUUUCAGAACUUCAAGGAAAAUCUCCGCUUCAUCGACCAGCACAAUGCCAAGAACCUCACUUACAAGCUCGGUUUGACUCGGUUUGCUGACCUAACCUUACAAGAGUACCGAGACCUUUUCUCUCAACGCCCUAUGGUGAGACAAAGGGCUCCCAGAACAAGUCGUAGGUACGUGCCACUUGCUGGAAAUGAGCUCCCCGAGUCAGUUGACUGGAGAAAUUAUGGUGCAGUAACGGAGAUUAAAGACCAAGGCGAAUGCAGUUGCUGCUGGGCAUUCUCCGCAGUGGCAAGUAUUGAGUCCCUAAACAAGAUCGUGACGGGCGAGUUAGUCAGAUUGUCCGAGCAGGAAUUGGUCGACUGCAACACGGACAACUACGGUUGUGAAGGAAGAGGUUUUAUGGACAAAGCUUUCCAGUUCGUUAUCAAUAACAAUGGUCUUACUCCCCAAAAUGAUUAUCCGUACACUGGCUAUCCAGGCUUCUGUAGCCGGAACAUGAAUUCUUUAAACAAGCCCGUUACUAUUGAUAACUACGUGGAUUUGCCUCAGAAUGAUGAGGCUUCCCUACAACAGGCGGUUGCUCACCUACCCGUGAGUGUUGGUAUAGACAAAAAAUCCCAAGAAUUUCAGCUCUACAAAUCGGGUAUAUUUACUGGACCAUGCGGGACCGCGCUUGACCAUGCGGUUCUUAUUAUCGGGUACGGUAGUGAGAACGGUCAGGACUAUUGGAUCGUGAAAAACUCAUGGGGCACGAGCUGGGGAGAUGCUGGCUUCGCUAAGAUGGCUCGUAACAUUGCAGAUCCGGCAGGUAUAUGUGGGAUCACGAUGGUUGCUUCAUACCCUGUCAAGCACUCUACUUAA